UGCUAUCAAACCGUGCCAACAACUAAGGUGGUUACGUGUCUCCGGCAAUGUUGAAAAAUCAAGGUUUCGAAGCGUCCUAUAUUAAAAACUGAUCGGUCAAACAGACGAUGAUUCGCAAUAUUUUUUAACGGAAAGAAUCUUGUGGGUUUUUUUUUUUAAAGCGAGUUCGUAUUUAAUUCAAAUUUGAUACGUGUUAUUUUUAACUUAAAUUUAAUAUAAAUAUAUAUUUUGGGGUUUUAUUUCAAUAGUUGAAAUGCUGUCAAAACUAUUGGUGUUAUUUGGCUUCUGUGUCUGCAUGUGCGAGUCGUACAUUAAACGGGAGGCUUACAUCAUCAUCGUUCCAAGUCAGGAGAAGACGUGCUUCUCAAAAAUCUUCACCCAGAGCAUCAAGGUCAUCUUCGAAUACAGAGUCAUCGCGGGAGGCAAUCAGGACAUUGACACGAGGAUCAUCUCCCCUAAUGGUCUCGUCAUCUACAAGGAGCUGAAGAGCAAAGGCGACGAGGUAUCUUUCAAUGCUCAGAACGGUGACUUCAAGUUCUGCUUUAGGUAAGCUCAUUCUUACAAUCGUGUGUAACAGGUCCCCCCCCCCUUUUUUUCCCCCAGGGCUUAUUCAAACACUUUCUUACAAUGUUUACAAUUAUUUUGUAUGAAAAGGCCUGCUCCGAUGUAUUUAAAUGACACCCAAGUUAACUUUUGUAUGGGGAAAUAAUCCCUAACAGUUUAAUCGUCGUUAAAGUAGCUAACACGGAAUGUUUGUCAGAGUCAAAAUAAUUUUAAAAAUAAAAUGGAUUUCGCUUUCUGAUUUUUGACUUUGUUAGUCCCGUGAAUGUAAAAGAUUGGGUUGGUAUCGAUAUGGUCUUUGUUAACCUUUUGAAUUUAAACGAUUGGGUUGGUUUCGAUACGUCUUCUGUUAGUAAAUGUUUCUGUGAUGGUAAAUGACAGAUGUUGGCGACCUUUAGAUACUUCGCCAGACAUGACACAAUGGCAUGCCGAAGACCAAAAAAAAAAAAAAAUGUCUUAAAAUAUCGUUGAGUAGGUAGACAUAUAGUUUGUUGGAACGCUGCAUGAAUUAGAAAUCUUACUUUAGCAUACAAUAUUACUCAAAGUUUUCUGAAUUUUGGUUUAGUGUCUUGCUUUGGUAUUAGUGUUCUUUAUUGCCCGGGAUUUUGCUUCUCCCGGAAAAAACGGGAUUUAUGUGGGGUCGCCAGCUGAAAUGUUAGGACUAAGAGAUUAAAUGAUUUUUAAAUAGUUUUCUUUUUAAAAUGGUGCCUUGAAAAGUUUGAGUUGCAAUUUCAAUCAUGAGAUUUGAUAUAUAACAAAUAACAUUAUAUUGGAAACAAAAUUACAAAUCUCUUUUUUUUUUUUUUUUUAAAUACUUUUUUCCCGUAGAUGAGUUUAAACACAUUGAAAUAAUGAAAGCAGUUUUCCUAAAAUUCAAUCAUGAGAUUUGAUAUAUAACAAAUAACAUUAUAUUGGAAACAAAAUUACAAAUCUCUUUUUUUUUUUUUUUUAAAUACUUUUUUCCCGUAGAUGAGUUUAAACACAUUGAAAUGAUGAAAGCAGUUUUCCUAAACUUCAUGACACAAAUUAAGGAUGCGCAGAAGGCAGAAGGGUAGUAAGACACUCUAUAAAGCCAAAUAAUCGAAUAAAAUGUAGAAGAAACUUUAAUAAAUUUUUCCUAAUUUUUAAAAAAAUAUUCUCUUCACAGACUUCCUUUGCGUAAAGAAUUUUAAGAUCCCAGGAUACCCUAGUAGGUAUACGGCCCUGUUUUGGUUUAAAUAGGACGGGGGGGGGGCGGGUGUUAAUAGUUUAUUAUUCUAGGCGUAGGCUGUAAAAGAACUUCCCUGCCGGACAUACAUAUAUCUCAAAGCCGCACUUGGCCCAUGAGGCUCCCUUUUCUAUGUGUAACAGCAUAUUUCACCACAGCUAGGACGUUUCAAUUUGAGUAUUUAUUUUUAUUUCAGCAAUGAAUUCUCACAGGUCACCAGCAAGCGCAUUGCCUUUAACAUUCGGCCAUUUGAAGAGGCAUCUCUGUCUGAGGAAGCUGGUUUAAACAAAAGUGCAAACCUCCCCAAGGUCAAGACCGCCCUUGAGGCCUUUUGCGACAACAUCCACUUUCUGAUGACCACAGUGAUGGACUUCCAAAUGAAAUACAUGGUCAGGGAGUCGAUGGGGCGCUACAUCGCUGAAAACCUAAACAAAAGGGUCAUGUGGUGGUCAUUUGGUCAGUCCAUUGUCAUCGUUCUGACUGGAUGCGGGCAGGUGUUAAUUUUCAAGAAAUUCUUUACUGAAAAAAGAGGGUCAAGCAAACCACAAACCUUGACAACAUGAGAAAAAUAUUUUUUUUAAAUUUGUGUUCUAGCAAAUAGCCAUUCGGUCACCUAUCUUAUCACUUCAUUUUAAAAAAAAUUAAAUUAAUUUAUACACAGUUAUUUUUAUUUUAUAUUAAAGUGAGUACAAAAAUAACUUUGAAUUUAACUUAAAACACUUUAUUCAAGCUUGGAGUUUCCUGUAAAUUUUUUAUUUUAAUCUUUAUUUUUCGUUAUAUAUACCGG